ACUGAGAUGUGUGAUGUCUUAUUUAUUAGAAAUGUCGUGAUAUGCCGAUAAUAGCUCAAGUUUCCGAAGGUUAUCAGUAACAGGGUCAACAAAACUAAUCACUUUAAAGCCGAAACGCAGCGGACUUUAGUACUGAAUACUGUUACCAGCUGUUCUCUUUCUACUAAUUUAACAUUUUAUAAUUUCUGCUCAGAGCAAAACAGUGAAAAAUGUCAGAGUCAAGAGGAAAAGUAAUUCUAGCGUACAGUGGUGGUUUAGAUACCUCUUGCAUAUUGUUGUGGUUGAAAGAAAAAGGAUAUCAAGUUGUCGCUUAUGUGGCGAACAUCGGUCAAAAGGAGGAUUUCGAUGUAAUUAGGGACAAGGCGCUCAAAGUUGGUGCCGCAAAGGUCGUGAUAGAUGAUGUUAGAGAAGUGUUCGUAACUUCCUAUGUAUGGCCCGCUGUGGCUUGUGGCCUGUUGUACGAGGGAAGAUACCUUCUGGGUACUGCCAUAGCACGCCCGUGUAUCAGUCAGGGUUUGAUAAAAGUCGCAAGGGCCGAAGGUGCCGGUAUCAUUGCGCAUGGGGCAACUGGAAAGGGGAACGAUCAAGUUCGCUUCGAGUUGAGCUGCUACAGCCUGUACCCUGGAAUCACGAUUUUAGCUCCGUGGAGAGAAGUCGAAUUUUACGCCAAGUUCCAAGGAAGAUCGGACUUGAUGGAGUACGCGCGACAAAAUGGAAUCCCGAUCUCAGCAACGCCGAAGGAACCGUGGAGCACUGACGCUAAUCUCGUGCAUAUUAGUUACGAAUCAGGAAUACUAGAGAAUCCUGCCGUUCCAGCCCCGAAAGGACUCUAUAAAAUGACCGUCGAUCCGACCGAUUCCGCUCUGGAAGCGGAAGAGAUCGAAAUUAGUUUUAAGAAGGGACACCCCGUUAACGUGAAGAGUUUGAAGGAUGGGAAGAUAUUCGACGUUCCUCUUACGAUAAUCGAGUAUCUCAAUGAGGUCGGAGGUGCGCACGGUAUUGGACGGAUAGACAUCGUAGAAAAUCGUUACAUCGGAGUGAAGUCUCGAGGCAUUUACGAGUCGCCGGGCGUCAACAUCUUGGAGACCGCGCAUCGCGACCUCGAGGUGUUCGCCUUGGAUCGCGAGGUUCUGAGGGUCAAGUCGUACCUGACGGAUAAGAUGUCGGAUUAUGUUUAUAACGGGUUCUGGUUCUCGCCGGAAUGCGACUUUGUACGGGAAUGCAUCCAGCACUCGCAGAAAUAUGUAAACGGCACAGUGAGGCUGCAGCUGUACAGGGGAAAAGCUAUGGCGAUCGGCAGAUCGAGCGAGGUCUCGCUGUACAACCAGACCCUCGUGUCGAUGGACGUGAAGGGUGACUUCGAGCCGACGAACGCCACUGGAUUUAUCCGCACGCAGGCUCUGAGACUGAAGGAGUUUUAUCGGUUCAAUAAACAACACAAUGCUUGAAUCAAGACUUUAUUGCGAGUUUCAUAAGUUUCAAUAAAGGACGCACAGUUGCAGUUA